AUGUCCAAAUCACGUAUGCCUCUUAUCCUCGGUCUCGGUGCCGCAGGCGGUGUCGGGUACUACCUAUACAAUGCAGGCGGCAGCCCCAAAGCCGCCGAGAACAAGUUUGAAAGUGAUGUCCACAGCGCCGCCGCCAAGGUCAAGGACCGUCUGCCUGGUAGCAAGCCUGAUGCUGAGAAGAAACUUGAGGGCUAUGGAGCCGAGGCCGGUGCCAAGGUUGACAAGGCGUGGGCCGAAGCCGACAAAAAGGCUGAAAAAAUCAAGAGCCAGACUGAAUCCUACGUCAAGGACGCCAAGGCUGAGGCCAUCAAGGCCGUCGACAAGUUUGACAAGACGGUCGAGGACGGUGCUGCCAAGGCCAAGAGUGGUAUUUCGGGAUGGUUUGGCGGUGGCAGCAAGUAG